AUGGCCGUUGCGCAAAGGCUCCUCGUCAGUAUGUCCUGCGAGGCCGGCACGCCGCACUGGACGCUGACCGCGGUGGUUCUCCUGGGCUUUCUGCUGGGGAUCGUGUCAGCGUACCCUUUACCGAGCAGCCGGACAAAUGCAACUUUACUGGAGAAAAGAUGGGAGACCCUCUUCCGCUCUGUACUGGGGAUCUCCGGGGAGAAACCGGAGCUGAACUGGGAGAGUGACUAUCUGCUGGGCAUCAAAAGAGUGCGGAGGCUCUACUGCAACGUGGGCAUCGGGUUUCACCUUCAGAUCCUUCCCGACGGCAGGAUAAACGGUGUACAUAAUGAAAACCAGUACAGUCUAAUAGAGAUCUCUACGGUGGAGAGAGGGGUGGUGAGCUUGUAUGGGGUGAAGAGUGAGUUGUUUGUCGCAAUGAACAGCCGUGGGAGGUUAUACGGAACGACAGUCUUCCAUGACGAGUGCAAGUUCAAGGAGAGCUUGCUCCCGAACAACUACAACGCCUAUGAAUCUCUGGUUUACAGAGGCUUCUACAUAGCACUCAGCAAGCAUGGCCGCGUCAAGGGCAACAAGGCCACCACUGCCAUGACUGUAACGCACUUCCUACCCCGAAUAUGAGCAAAAACUGGCAAUAACAAACUUAUUUGCACAUGUGGAUUAUUUCCCAGGUAACAUAAAUACCGUGUACGUACAUAAAACACAAAAUGGACUGUAAAAGAAAGAAAUACCAUUAUAUCUUAUAGUAUUUAUUCAAACUUUAUAUGUAUAUUUGGGUAGCUUACUUUGAGUUAGAAAUUAUGGAAAUGCCAUUCUUUGCUGCUUUAUGAUUUUCAUCAUUUUGUAAAAGAAGGGGAUGGAGGGGCUUGGUUAGUCCCUUCGGUUUUUAUGGGUGCUUGCUGGAUUUGGUCGAGCGCUUGCCCUGCCAGUGGAUGACAGUUUGUUCUUUUGAAAAUGAUACCUUUUUAUUACCUCAAAGCACCAUAUCCUGGGAAAAAGAAGAAGAAAAAGAGAAAUGUGUGCAUGAAAUUUCUACAAAGAAGAAUGCCUGUUUACUGAAAAAAUGUUUUUUUUUUUCUUUUUGUUGUUUAUCUAUUAAGGACAUUUCCCAUCCUUUUAUGUUCAAUAGUUAUUGUCUUGGUCACUGUCAGGGCAACCAGAGCAAAUAUGGCGGAGGUUUUUCUUGCUUUGUCAUGAGGUAGCGGUGCCUUGAAUUCCUACGUGCGGCCCCUUACCCUUGCAUGCGAGAAAUGUGGUGCUUGAGUCAGAAAUAGGAACGAAACGCAAGUCAUCACUCCCCUUAGACACCACCGGGGACUUUAGCCCAAUUCCUCGAGGGCCAGAGGUUUCUCUACUUUAUUUUCUUUCCGUAUUUAGAUCAAUUAAGUAAUUGAGACUCUAUGCUGCACAGGACCCAGUGGAGCCUCUUGUUAAAAUGGAAAGCUAGAUUUAGAAUCAGCACUCAACCCCCUCCUCCCUGUUUCCCCCAUCCCCCCCAUCAUGUCCAAGGGAGCUUUGACAAUCCCAUAUUUUACUUUUACAAAUUUUGUAGCCGGAUCAUCAGGCAAGAGUGAGCGAGAGUGUAUAUGUGCUGGUAUGCUUUUAUUUGGAGUAUGUAUGGAGAAGUGCUCAGUUUGAGAGCAACUUGAUUUGAAGGGGUUUUCUCUUGUGUCGUCAGAGGUAAAUGGGGGUUUAUGUGUAGCAGAAUAUCACAGACCUGACAAGUGGAAUAUGCUUAUUUCUAUCAGCGGUGUUUGUUAUGUUCUCCCCAGUUCUAAAUUGAGUUGGUCCAAUUUGUUGCAAUUAAUAUGUAGACCUUUGUAAAUGACUUAAGCUAAUUUAUUUCCUUUUCGAAAAUGAGUUUCAAGCAAAAGUGGUGACAGGAACUUAUGGUACUAUUUGGCACUUAGAGAAAGCAUUUCAGUGGAUGUCAUUGAUCCAUCUAUCUGUCUAAAAACCUAACUAUGUGGGUCUGCUGUAUUGAUUUAAAAUUGUGCAAAUAAUCCAGUUUGAUGAUGGGACAACUGGAAAUGCUUUAGAGUUCAUGAUUCUGGGAU